CCAAACCCUCGAUACUUGGGUGAAAGGUCACUUAUGUGAAAGUGACCUUUCCCACGAAGUAUCAUUCACCAUGGAAGGUGAUUGGCGUCAAGAUACUAGCGCUGUGCGCCGCUCUGGCACGUUUCCGGGACGACAGGUGCCUCUAGAGAUGGGGAAAGUCCGCGUUGGAGGAUCCGGGAGACCUGUGCCUGCAAUAUUCUCUUCUGCAACCUCCAGACGAGCUCUAACUGCGUCACAAGAAGCUGUCGCAGCAUCCGUCACUUUGUCACCUCGUGUGAUCAUGGAAGUGAGUUUUCAGUUUUCCGGCGUCUUGGUGGGCUAUUAUAUAUCAAACCGUGCGAUUAACAGUGCGUGGUUGUUUAAAUAAAAGUCACAUCCGCGAAGUCCAUUUCGACGUAAAGAAGAGUUUUCGAAGACUACGGUUCGAGUAUCAGAGGACUCGUCCAGUUCUGGUUUCCAAGUGAAAAAGGUCACGGGAUCUCACCUGAGUGCUCGCUCUCCUCAGAUCCGCAACAAACCCAGUCGCCAUUCAUCGGGAAAAGAGUUCUCAGCUCGUUCAGCAAAGAUGAAAAUUUAUCGGAUGGAAUUAUCCAAAUCUGAUGAAGGUGCUUCCAUCGGUCAGGUUGAGCUACUGGGAAAGACUUCGCAAGUACGUGAGCAAGUGGCGACAAGCGUCACGAAAAUUAAACAAUCCAGCGAGGUGGAGCUAUCUACUCGGGAUCAUGAUGAUUCAUCCGCAACGGAUUUAUUGCCUCCUGAAGAACGAAAGAAGGUGGUAUCGGUGCUUGUACCGGAAGAGCAUGCAUCGAAGCCCAAUUCCAACAACUCUCGCCCACUGGAAUCAUCUAGUCGAACGACGUUAGCGUUACCAAGCGCUGGUGAGGGUAUGUUCGUGUCAAGUAUGCCCUCACUCACUAAGCUACAAAGUUCUUUCACCGCAAGAGAGCUGGCGUUGUUUACACGGCGGCUAGAGGCAACCGAAUCAGAGAGGACUGUACAAACACGGUAUCACGUAGCUUCACACCCACAUACGACUACGACGACUAGUUCAUCUCUAACUACUGUCAAACCAGAGCGAGUUAGGAGCGAAGAAAAACGUACUACACAUAAGCGCGCAUUGCCAUCACCCAAGCCUGAUAAUUCAUUAUCCGAGAGACGUCAGGUAGAGUCAUCGUGGAAGCGAGUGGACUCGUCAAUUGAUCAUAUUUAUGAAGAUCCAUCCAUCGACAUGGUCCAGUUGCACUUGUUACACAGCCACAAUACUGUUACUGGGCAGAAGAAAAGGAAAAUGGUAGAACGUGAGCGCGUUCUCGCAGCAGCAUCGGAUCUACGUGAACAUCAGAGUGCAGAGCAGCAACGUAAAGAACAGCUACAACAGCGGAAGCUACAGCUUCAAAAAAUGUCCGACGCAAUUCGUCUGCAAAACCAGAGAGCUGUUCGCGCGAGAGCGAUACGUUCAUCAGAAAUGAACGAACGACGCGUAAAAUCUGGUCGACGUUCCGAGAGUGCACCAAGUCUUCCAGAACAACCGACAAGUGAAAAGCCAAGCACUGCGCUGGCCGACGAUGGCGUUCGUUUAGAACAAUCUGAGCAUGAACAUGAUGAAAACGAUGGAGAGGAAGGUGAAUACGAUGACAUUAAUCGCGACAGUGAGACUGGAAGUAAUCGAUCUGUCAGCAGACAUGCUGAGACUUCUUCAAGAGAACGCGAUAUCACAGAGUUUACUAGUGCAACCCGGAAAGAUGUACAACAUAAUCAGGUAUCCGUCGGUGCAUUAGAUUUCUUUGGAAUGUACGAUGUCAAUGGUGAUGGCGAAGAAAUAGAUAUUCGAUCGAUUGGAGUUCACAGCAUUGGGGUUGUGUGGCCUGUUCAACAACAAAGUAAGAUAACACCUGACAAACAAACAAUGAGAGCAGCGUCAUCGAGUUCAUCAUCGUCGAGCUCCUCAAGUUCAUCACCAUCAGCAGUGUCGCCAACUUCAGCUUCGCCCCAGUUGCGAAGAAACCAACAGUUUGUCAACUUGACUGAACAUUACGGGGAAGAGAUGAAUGAUAACGAAGAAGGCUCCGCUCGAAGCAAUGAUGAGACCAAAGAAGUAACACCUUCACAUAGUACGAAAGAAACUGAAGGGAGUGUAAAGAAUGGUCCGAAUUCCGAUGAAGAGUCAGAGUUGGAGAGUUUUUUGGUGCUCGGGCCCCAAAGAAAACUUUAUGCAACAGUUCGAGGUGCCAAUUAUGAGCGGAAAAAGAGUAGUACAGCUAACCACCCUAGUGCAGGUUUGCUUCGGCUUAUUCGUGAGACUGAUGACUCUUUAAGCGUCAUCGAUCGAGCAGCUAAAAAGUUGUACCAUGAACAGCUUGAGCGAUCAGAACGCGAGAGAGAAAAGGAACUACAAGAACGAAUAGAAGCAGAAAAGAAGAAACUGUUUGAGGAAGAUUUAGCGCUCAAGGCUGUGAUGGCUUCCAUAACCGGCAAAAAAGUGCUCAACGAGGCGGAUAGUGACGCCGAUGCGCAGUCGAGUGGCGAUGAGAACGAACUGCAAUCGUCACAGUACAAACGACUAGAGGAAAUCAUGGCUGAAGUUGAGAAAGAGCGUACUCAAGAGACCCAAGAGGGUCGCGGCCGUGGUGAAUCUACAGCUAAUAAAGAUGAAGAAAAAGAUCACAGCAAAGAGGAGUCAGCACCACCUCGAUUCAAGGACAUCCGAACUAGUGUACAAGUUGGUAGCGAUGAGGCUGAGGAAGACGACGAAUACGAAGCUGGAGAGGUACAUAAUGACGAGCAUAAUGCGUCAGAAGUUGGCAGCGAUGAGGCUGUAGAGGAUGUAGAAUACGACGCCGAGUCGUUUGAAGAUGCACAGAACGACGAGCAUAAUACGGCAGAAGUUGGUAGCGAUGAGUAG